AUGCGCUUCUUCUUCAUCAUCGCUCUUUCUGCCAUUUCCAUUGGCCAAGCAUCAGCGCAGGCCACUCCCCAGGAGACGGUUUCCACCUCAUGUAAGACCGUGCCUGAAUGCGGCCAAAAUAACAUUGGCGCUGCUUGCACCAUGACCUGCCAAGACAACCCUGGAGGCGAGCGUAAAGUUACGGGUACAUGCAAGGCUGGCACAUUUGGAGUCAACUGCUUGUCCUAA